AUGACUAUAGGCAAGAUCCCAAUAUGGUUAGAUUGUGACCCCGGGCAUGACGAUGCAAUCGCAUUGCUUCUCGCUUGUUUCAAUCCCGCUUUUGACUUGUUAGGUGUAAGCGCAUGUCAUGGUAACGCACCCCAGUCAAACACAUCAUACAAUACAAGAUCUUUGAUCACUGCAUUUGGCGAACAGAAAAGGGUUCCAGUAUAUGCUGGUGCUAUUAAGCCUUGGGUUCGUGAACCCAAAUAUGCCCCCGAUAUUCACGGAGCAAGCGGUCUGGACGGUACUACACUUUUGCCGGUACCUGAGUGUGAACUUCAUACGGGAUCAUACUUAGAUGCGAUGGAAGAAGCCAUCAUGGAGCACCAAGGGGAGAUCUCCCUCGUUUCUACGGGGUCUUUGACUUCAGUGGCUACCGUUUUCAAAGAAAGGCCACAUCUGAUAAAGAUGAUAAAGUAUAUAAGUAUUAUGGGUGGCGGCAUUGGCAUUGGAAAUACAAAUAUGAACAUGUCUGCUGAGUUUAACAUUUGUAUUGAUCCUCAGGCGGCAAGUUUCAUUUUUGGUCACAAGGUUCUUAAAGAUAAAUGCAUUUUGUUACCGCUGAAUAUCACCCAUAAGGCUAUUGCGACCGCAGAUAUCCUUCAUAAAAUCCAAGGAAAUGAUGGCAAUAAGUUGCGUCAAUUGUUCUUUGAAUUGUUUCAAUUUUUUGCGCAUUCGUAUAAGGACGCUCAAGGCUUUGAUCUUGGCCCUCCUGUUCAUGAUCCGCUAGCUUUAAUUCCAUUGCUAGAAUUCUAUAAAUGGGAGCCUUCCUCCAGAGUUCAAUUUUCCUACAAGCGCUUUGAUCUACAAGUCGUUGAAGACCUUGACAGUGCAGAUGUUGGCAAACUUUGUGUCCUGAAGGAAUACUCCCCAGAAGACUCCCAAGGGUCAAUCGUCGGCUUCGAUUUGAACUUUGACUUUUUCUGGGAUCAAGUUUAUGAGGCGUUGUACUUGGCAGAGAAGUCAUCUACGAUCGAGGUCUAA